UCCUGCGCGUCCAUGUCAAGAAAGUAAGAUUUCGUAUGUGUAGCACGGGAUCAAUAGAAAUUAUAAUCGCGAAUUUUCACUUAAAACAGUGCCGUUUUUGAUAAGUGUCAGCUUGAAACAGAACUUAAUGUAUAGUAGUGCAAAUUUAUAAACAUUUAAUCCGUGUCAUAUCUCAAAAUCGCUAUUCCACAUAAUACAACGCUGUAGGAAAAUGACGGAGCCGUCUCGUCUUUUAUCCCCGACAAAGUGAAGUGCUACCCCAAAAUACUGUACAUUCCUUAAAACAUUGAACUAUUAAAGAUUAUGUAGUUGAAAAGUUGGAUUUUUGUGCAUUUGAUUGUUUAAACCAGUUAAGUAUUUUUUUUGGUGUUUUUAUUGUUAUGUCGUCGAGAUGAUGUGGUUUCACGUAGCGGUGGCGGCCGCAGUUAUCGCUACUAUUAGCGUUCAGGGCGAUCAAGUGAUGCUUCUUGAUACUACGACUGAAAAUACUCUUGGAUGGACACGUUACCCCUACGGUGCACAGGCGAGUACCCCCGGAUGGGUAGAAGAAUCUUACACCAAUUUCGAAAAGCAUAUCAACUGGCGAUCGUAUGUCGUUUGUGAUGUUGCCCACCAUAACGUAAAUAAUUGGCUGUGGACACCAUUCAUUGAAAGACGAAACGCUAAUCGUAUAUACAUCGAGAUUAAUUUCACCAUCCGCGAUUGCUCUUUAUUUCCGGGAAAUGCACUGAGUUGCAAGGAAACCUUCAGUCUGUUGUAUUAUGAGUUUGACGUCGCAACACGCGAACAACCACCAUGGGAGCCUGAAAGUUAUAAACUUGUAGGCAGAAUAGCAGCUGGUGAAGGCAGGUUUAAUACAAACUCAGAAGUUGACAUAAAUACAGAGGUAAAGAGCAUUGCUGUAACAAAACGAGGAGUAUACAUAGCAUUCAGAGAUCAAGGUGCCUGUAUUUCUAUUUUAGCAGUAAAAGUUUAUUACAUUACAUGUCCAGAAGUAACAAUAAACUUUGCUAAGUUCCCUGCAACCCCUACAGGCCGUGAAGUAACUGUCAUUGAACAGGCCAAUGGCACGUGUGUAGAGAAUGCUGAAACGGCUCAAGGUGAUUCUCCUCCAGUUUAUUUAUGCAAAGGAGAUGGAAAAUGGACUUUGCCUAGUGGAUCAUGCAAAUGCAAAGGAGGCUAUGAACCAGAUCACACCAGCCAAGUUUGUAAUGAAUGUGCCCCUGGGAAGUUUAAAUCACAUACUGGUGAUGAAGCUUGUAUGUCAUGCCCUGAUAAUUCAGAGACUACAGCCCAUGCCUCCAUUGAAUGUAAAUGUAUACCAGGUUUUUUCCGAGCCAAGAAAGAUCCUAAGAAUGUUCCAUGCACUCAACCACCAGGUGCACCUGACAACCUGACUGUUACAUUUGCUGAUCAGUUUUCAAUAUCUCUAGCUUGGCAUCCCCCACAUAAAACAGGUGGACGAGAUGAUGUUACAUAUGAAGUUCGAUGUACAAAUUGUGGGCCCCAUGUGGAGUAUAGACCAUCUUCAAAUGGUCUUAAUCACACACGAGUCACUGUAAUGGGUUUAGACCCAGUUACUGAAUAUAAAUUUCAAGUUUUUGCAGUUAAUGGUGUAUCAGAGUUAACUGGUGAUUCUCCAAAAAAAGUCGAAAUAACUGCUAUAACAGAGGCAUCCGUAGUGAGUGUCGUCUCCAAGUUAAGAAUAGUUAGUGUAGAAAAUGACAAGCUUUCAUUAUUAUGGACUCCUCCUCCUGUAGAUGUAACUGAUCCUGAUGAUACAAUUGAAAGCUAUGAAGUAAAAUGUUUUCCUAAAGAUAACAAUGAAAGAAGUGCAAAUGUCACUAUUAAAAUAACAAAAGAACCUCAUGCCGUUAUUACUGGCUUGAAAAGAGACACUGAAUAUGGAGUGAGAGUCAGAGCUAAAAUGAAGCGAGGGUGGGGAGAAUUAAGUGGAAUUGUGUAUGCAAGAACAGGUGCAGGAUUGGAACCAACAUUAGUUGUUAGCGAAGAAGAAGGUGCGCGUGUACGAUUAUUUGCUGGUGUUAUGGUUGCUGUGGUUGUUCUCUCUGUUGUGGCCAUUAUUGCCACAGUACUAUUUUUGAGGUCCCGUGCUGAUGAUGAAUGUGACAAGAAACAGCCAAGUGACUGUAAUGCACUUAAUUAUAGAAACGGCGAAGUAUACACGGGACCAGACAGACCUACAAAAACAAGUAGUAAUGCAACAACACCACUCUUUGCUGGUACAGGAUCAAGGACGUACAUUGAUCCACAUACUUAUGAAGACCCAAACCAAGCUGUUAGAGAAUUCGCUCGUGAAAUCGACGCAUCUUGUAUUACUAUAGAAGCCAUAAUUGGUGGAGGCGAAUUUGGUGAUGUGUGUCGUGGUAAAUUAAAAUUACCGGCAUGUGGUCAAGAAAUAGAUGUGGCAAUCAAAACACUUAAGCCUGGUUCAACUGAAAGAGCCCGCCGAGAUUUUCUUGCUGAAGCAUCAAUUAUGGGGCAGUUUGAGCAUCCUAAUGUUAUCUUCUUACAAGGGGUUGUUACAAAAUGUAAUCCAAUAAUGAUUAUUACAGAAUUUAUGGAGAAUGGGUCAUUGGAUACAUUUUUACGAGCAAAUGAUGGUAAAUUUCGUGUGCUACAACUGGUUGGCAUGCUUCGUGGAAUAGCAACUGGAAUGCAAUAUCUAUCGGAAAUGAAUUACAUACAUCGUGAUCUUGCGGCUCGAAAUGUAUUAGUUAAUUCCCAAUUAGUAUGUAAAAUAGCUGAUUUUGGUUUAUCACGAGAAAUUGAAUCAACUGCAGAUGGAGCAUAUACAACUCGAGGUGGAAAAAUUCCAGUAAGAUGGACAGCCCCUGAGGCUAUAGCAUUUAGGAAAUUUACAUCUGCCAGUGAUGUUUGGUCAAUGGGGAUUGUUUGUUGGGAAGUAAUGAGUUUUGGGGAAAGGCCUUACUGGAAUUGGAGUAAUCAAGAUGUCAUUAAAUCAAUAGAGAAAGGUUAUCGCCUACCAGCUCCAAUGGACUGUCCUGAAGCUGUUUAUCAGCUGAUGUUGGACUGUUGGCAGAAAGAACGUACUCAUCGGCCCACUUUUGUAAGCAUUGUAAAAACUUUAGAUAAACUUAUUCGUUGCCCAGACACAUUGAGAAAGAUAGCUCAAAAUCGAUCAACUGAUCCAUUAGCUGGAGACACACCAGAUUUAAUCCAAUUCUCAUCUGUUGAAGAGUGGUUGGAAUGUAUUAAAAUGUCAAGAUAUAUAGAGAAAUUCAGAGCAGCUGGAAUAACAGAUAUGAAUGCUGUUGUAGAUCUCACUGUUCACCAGCUGACCUCUUUGGGAGUUACCUUGGUUGGUCAUCAGAAAAAAAUAAUGAAUAGUGUUCAAAGCAUGCGGGCACAGAUCCGUGUAAGUGGGCCAUAUGGGUUUCUUGUGUAAUAACAAGAAUGAUGUCUUUGAUAAUAAUACUCAAUCUCCACCUGUCAAAAAGUGAUUUUCACCGUGAUUAAAAUUAAGAAAUGGAAUCCAUUUUGUAUAUUUUUCUAAAAAGAACUGUCCUAGAAGUAGGGUUAAUGAUAUAGUAUUAUGGACCUUUGAAUGGAUGAAAAGUUAAUUCAGUGUAUUACUCCAACUGCAUCAGUUUUGUAUCUGGGGCCUAAUUUAUAUUAUUUUAUCUUAAACAAAGCUUUAUUAAGCUGCCGUCUUAAAAUACAACGAAAACAUUGCCAUUAUUACCUAAUGCAAUUAAUCUGUUAUAAAAUUUAACCAACAGAUAUAUGAGCAAUUGUGGUAGCUAUUUUGUGACUGAAAUAUAAUUUGUGAUCUUAUUUAUAUAAAUUUUAGUUUUAAGAUUUUAUCUUUGUCAGUAAAAUUUUGACAAAGAAACUUUUUUUUAUAAAUAAACUUAUUUAGUUUAGAAAGAUUUUAAUAGAAUUGUAUCAAUUUAUCGACAUUCCGAUGGCAUAUAUAAGAAAUUAUAUAUUAAUUGUAGGUAGCUAAAUUCACUGUCCUGGUGUGCAUUUUGUAUAAGUGGAACUUGUGAAAGUAUUUUAUUAUAUUAUUCUUUUUUUAAGAAAAUAUAAAAUGCCAUAAGUGUCUAAAUAUAAUAAAAGUUUGUUCUCAUGCAAAUCUCCUUUAUAAUUAGAUAAACAUGCCUUUUUUAUUUCAAUUUGUGAUUAUAAUGAUGUACUUAAUUAACAUUUAAACUUGCCACAAUAAUACAUUUAUUUUGUUGUAUUUUUAUUGCCCCUAUUUUUAUUCGCUUGUAUAUAUGGCUGGAACUUAAGUGUAAAGUUAACAUUUUUGCUCUAAAGGAGUACAUGCUAAUGGCUGUGUGUAAUAAAAUCUAACAAGUUUUAUUUUCAUUUGCAAAUGUUCUACAAAGAAACACUUUUUUAAACCAAUCACCAUUCAAUCAUUGAUUAUUAUGUUUUUUCAAGUGUAAAUUUUUAAUGUAAUUGAUAACUUUUAAUUUGAUAACUCUAUAUUAUGAUAGAUCUAAAUAUUAGAUACUAAAGUUUUCAACAUAUUUGUAAUAAUUUUUACAAGAUUAUAAGACAUAGAUUAAAAACAUUAUACUGCCAAUAUAGUCGUAAGAGCUUUGCCUAACGCUUGUGAUGGUCGUUUGAAUAAAGUUGUAAAAUGACAGCUAACUUAAACUUUAUAAGGUCAAUCAAAUGCUUAAUGAUUUAUUUUGCUUUCAGAUGUUUUAACGUUUCUAUAAGUGUCAAACAGCUAUAUUUAAAUUACAUUUAUUGUAUAUUUUUUUUAUAUAUGACAUUAAAUUAUUUUAAGGACGUAACAAAAUGGAUUGGUGGUAUUUCGAUAUUUGAGUCAGUUUACGUAAAUUACAAUACAAUGUUAAUAAUUUCUUAAAAUAUUAUUUAUUAUCUGAAUGUUAUAUUGCUAUAAUUCUUCGCCUAUUAUUUGCUGAUUUAUAUAAAACGCAGAAACUUACUCAUAUUAGAGAAUUGCACUAUGUGAAAACUUUGUAUAUUUGGGUAAAAAUAGAAGGUUCAUUCACGUUUCUUAAAAGUUGCAGGAAAGGCUUUUAGGCUUUUAGGUCUGAGGCAAAAAGGUAAGCUCAGUUUUGUUAACAACUCGUGUCUGAGGAAAUAGGAAGACAGUGUUGUCUCUCCUAUCUAUGUAGGGUCUGAAAGUUGUAUUGACUGUUCGAGAUUCGCCAUACAACACAUAUUCGUUCUCAUAGUUUUUUUUUAUAAAAGCUGUAUGCUGAGUUGCCAAUAAAUGGAACAGAAAUAAAAUAACUACCUUGUUAAAAACAUACACAACACAGUUUGAGCUUAACCUAAAAACUGUUGCCUUUUGUAAUUUUGGACGCUCAAUUUUAUAACGAUUAGCGCAAAAAGUAUUAUCAUGACCUUUGUUAAAUAAUGUAUCAUGCGUGAAACACGUUGAGGUCUUCCAUUGGCUUUGGUUUAGUGACUCAGGUGUAUUAGAUAAAAAAUGUGCUCGUCUUUGCUUUGGUCAAUAUUAUUGCUGAUGUUUUCAAGUCGUUUCUAGUUCUAAACAUUUAUUUACUAAUAACUUCUUUGUAAUAUUGUUACAAGUAGAUUCCUUAAAUAGUGCAAUACGUCUCCAUAUAUGUAUUAUAUAGAACUUAUUAUGACUGAACACGUUUAUUUUAAUGCACAUUGUUCACUUAUAAUAAAUAUUGCAAAUAUACCUUUAAAGAUAACACCAAAUCAGUAUCUUUUACAAAUGAUUCAUAUAGCAAUAAUAAAAAUACGUAUUAAUAGUAUAUGAUAAAAAUGUAUUUACAAUCUUUAUUGGUUUAUAUAGUUUAGUGAAAAUAAUCAAAAGUUAAUAAUCGGUAUUAUCAAAGAAAAAAUAUGCAUUACGUCAUUAUUUUACUACAAUAUUUUCUGACAAGUCGGUCUGUUAAAGUGAUAUUAUUUGAAGGUUCUUAUUUUAAUAACCGAUUGGAUAAUAUAUUAUAUAUUGUAUUUCUAUAUAUUGGAAAGCCUAAAGCAAUAAACGAGGUUCUAGAAAAGUUGCAACUCAUACAAUUUGUUACAAAAACUUUUUGUCCGCAAAUGUAUAUGUAAAUAAGUCCGAAAUACCCUAAAGCUAUAUGAUAUGAAUUUUGUUAGUCAGGUUUGGGAUACAGCGAUCGUCUUUGUGAACUAAUGCGUUUCAAAACAAACGUUAUAUUAUAUAUGUUUGUAUAUAGAUAUUGCUUAAAAACACGUGAUUUACUAUAGGAACCAUGACACCCAAGAAUAUGUAUUAUACAGUGAAAAUCUGUUAUAACGACAUCGAAGGAUCAACUCAUAUGUGGUCGUAACAGCCGAUGACGUUGUAAUUAAUAACCUUAUAAAUACAAUAGAAUUCAGCCGGGAACACUGAUUUUGGUCAAGAAACCGGUGUGUGAUGUCGUUGUAAACGGUUUUGACCGUAAUUUUAAUCAUAUUUGCAUCUUACGAAUACUGUAACAUUGGGCAUCAUAGUGUCUACUAUACUUACAACUACCAUUAUUCGUAAGAAUUAGAGGAACAGCCCAUUCAAUAAUAUUUUCAUAUUAAAAACUGACGUACUUAGUCAGCACCCUACUCCGACAUUCAUAUAUCAGGUGUUCAAUUAUAUUUUUAAGUCUUUGCCCUUACGUUAUUUCUAUGUAGAAUCAAUUGAAUGGAGGGAGACUGGUGACGCAUUUCUACCGGUUAUUGAUAUAAGACAGUAUAUGUAUUUCGUGCCCUAAACUUUACAUGUGUUGUAAGGUUGGAAGCCAUACUUGUACCUUAAUGAGAACUUAGUUAUAACAUUGCUUGUGCGCGUUGACGUAGACUAAAUGUAAUAUCAUUAUCAUUUACGAUACGACGAUGGUGUAGUUUAACAGUAGAACACCAAUCAUAGCCUAAUUAAUUGUAAUUCAUAGCGUGAUGUUUAGAUUUAUUUGUAAGAUUUUUUAUGUCUAGAAUACGGGGUAAGUACAUCGUCUAAAUAUUGAAAAUUUAACAAAAAGUUGUUACAUAUUUUUGAGGAUAAUACUCUGUUUCUAUUAAAUCCAUGUUUCGUUUUAAAGUAAAAUAGACGAUGAAUACGCCCUGUUUACAUAGUAUACAGAAAUAAUUUAAUUAAAGUAUAAAAUUAGGCAGUUAAUUUUUUUAAAAAUUGGAUUAGAUACGAACAAUGGAAGCUUGGCUAUAAUUUAUGUAAUAAACUAUUGAUAAAUA